CUCUAUAGGAAAGUUUAUGUAUAGUGCGUGAAGAAAAAUUCAAUGAGGUGAUUGGAGGGAGGCGAGGAUGGUUCAAAGAAGUGCUCGUGGUCCACGAUUAACCUAAAAAAUAUUGAAACAUUUUUUGGGACCGUUUGGUAAUUGUUGUAAAACAUGAGUUCUGUUACGAAUGAGCAAGUUCUGAAUAAAGGGAACGAUGAGGUCAAAAGCGAAUUGAAAAACUCUCAGGAAGUGGAGGUCGUAGAAAUUCUACCGGGAUACACAAAGUUCGACGACUUCGUCAAUGCCGGAUUUGAGGCGUUAAAGAAUGGUAUCAAAGUAGCCAACAGCUUUCCGAGUGGUCAAAAGUACGAUUAUUACAACUGCUUUCCAAAUUUUCGCAAUAUUGUUAACGGCGAAAUCAAAAAUGUUUUGGAUUGCAUGCAAAAUGUUAUCGGAGCUACCGGUGUCAGAGGUAACAUUAGACGUCGUGAUAUUGAAGAAAAAUUCGAACUUCUGGUCGAAGCUAAUGACAUUCUUCUUGAGAGAGCAGGAAUAUGUAUGGAUGAAGCAUCUGGAAUCCUUAGAAAUCCAGACUUGGAAUUGGUGGUAUCACAGAGUACGCCCGUAGCUGUGAGUGGUAGCUGGAAUAAUCCUACUUCUUGUUCAGAGACUCAGCAGUCAAAAUUAGCAAGCAAUCAGUCCCCAGUGAUUCGAUUACUGGCAGCAAAGAAUAUUCAACGACCGCAGCUGAAGUUUGAGGAUAAAAUUGACAACAGCUCCAACACUCUCUGGCAACCCAGAAUUAGCGAUAAACCAAACUCAUUAAAACCAUUAGCUCUCUUCAUAGAAGAAGAUGAAGCCGGAGAGUAUUUCAGCCAUCCAUACGAAUUUGAACUUGAUAGGUUCACACCAGCAAAACAUCAAUUGGACCCACGUAUUCCUGUCAAAUAUAAGUCUUUAGAUGAUACGCCAAUAAUAAUGAUCGAAAGAAAAGAAGAUGUCCAAAUUCUGUUGAACGAUUUGCGUAACCAUACCGAAAUUGCCGUCGAUUUGGAGCAUCAUUCCUAUAGAUCCUUUCUAGGCAUAACAUGUCUGAUGCAAAUAUCAACUAGAGACACAGAUUAUUUAAUUGAUACAUUAACACUUCGGUCGCAUCUGCACGUUUUGAAUGAAAUAUUCACCAAACCGUCUAUUCUCAAAGUCUUUCACGGUGCUGGAAGUGAUAUCGAGUGGCUUCAAAGAGAUUUGUCACUUUAUGUCGUGAAUAUGUUUGACACUCACAUAGCAGCAAAGCAAUUGAACUUACCAUACCUAAGUUUAGCGUAUCUGUUGAAGCAACAUUGUGGGGUCGAUCCAAACAAGCACUUUCAAUUAGCUGAUUGGCGUAUCAGACCUCUACCUGAAGAGUUGAUGAAGUAUGCGAGAGAAGAUACUCAUUAUUUAUUAUAUAUCAAAGAUAAAUUAACAAACGCCUUGUUAGACCAAGCCAAUGGUCAAAGUAAUAUCUUAAAAGCGAUUUAUGACCGAAGUACAGAUAUCUGUAAAAAAGUUUAUAGAAAACCUGUCUGGACGGAGGAUAGUUGUAUGGGCAUCUAUCGUAAGAGCAAGAAGAUCUUUAAUAAUAAACAACUGUACGCACUCAGAGAGUUGCAUAAAUGGCGAGAUAUGAUUAGCAGACAGGAAGAUGACAGUAUUGGCUAUGUUCUACCAAAUCACAUGCUAUUAAACAUGGCCGAAAGCUUACCCCGUGAAAUGCAGGGUAUUUUAGCUUGCUGUAAUCCAAUACCACCGUUGGUACGACAGAAUUCAUUGUGGCUUCAUAAAAUAAUUUUAAAAGCACGGGAGCAGCCCAUGAUCAAACCCAUCCUUGAGGAUGAUAUCAGGCAACGCAUGACCCAACGUCACCAAACCACAGACCUGGAAACUGUGAUUCUGUACUCACCUCACGACAUGCCACAAGGAAUGGAAGUCAGAGCUGAUUUACCAUGUCUACUGGAUCCGAAUCGUUCAGCUGAAAUUCGUCCACUUGAAAAUAAUGUUCCCCAUUGUGUUACAGUGUUCGACAGUCCCCUGCAGUCAGAGGAUGAAGAUGCGGAUGGAAGUAGUAGGAGAUGUAAAAAAAGAACGGUGUUCAUCAGUCCUUUUGAACGUUAUAAACGUGUAUUACCAAUGAUAGCUGCAGAAGAAGCUAAGGAAAGAGAAAAGCAAGAGAAGCAAGAAUCCGAUCGAUUAAAAUCAUUAGAUAAAAGUCAGAAGGAAACAAUAGAAAGUAUUGAAAGGGUACAUGAACACUUUAUGAAUGUAGUCACAGCAGUGACCGUUCCGGUCAGGGAAGAGCAACCGGCUACUGUUAGUUCCACUCAACCUGCAGAAUCUAUAAACACAAAUAAAAAGGACUAUAAAUCGUUGAGUCAGAUGAAGGGUAGGAAACGGAAACGUCAGUCGAAUUACCACGAUGAUGUUCAGCCCACGACGUCGCAAAUCGAUUUAUCAACGCCGGUACCUUUUCUACAUAAAAAAGCCCAGCCAAAUCACAAGCAAGACGGAAAAAAUGUCAGGUCAGAUACACCUCGAAAACAGAAACCAAGAAGCCGAUCAAAUUUUGUGGAGGACGUACCUCAUGGUGAAAAUAACGUUGGACCUUCCUUCAAAGCUAUGAGAAACAACACGAAGCGCGAGAAGCAAGCAAACCGGAAUAAUUUGGCAAGCCGAGGUAUGCUGCCGGAGCAAUCGUUUGAUUAUAAAAAUGUUGACUUUAGUAGUUUUCAAGGAGGCAGUCGCACGCAAAAUCGUGGGCAGUUACCUUUCCAGGCCCAGAACAAGAAAAAAAAUUUCAGAGGAAAUCGAGGAAAAGGAAACAGGGGUAAGAAGCAAAAAUGGAACUGAUGUUCACAGGUAUUACUCAGUAGAUGAAUCUAUUUGAAUUAUAUCGACCCGACUUUACAUGUGAAAUCUAGUUAUCGAUAUAUUGAGUUAAACAAACAAAGAUGCAUACAGCUGCAAAACUAUGCAUGCAUGCUAAAAUUGAGGUGCAGUGUCCUUAAAUCUGCUUAUACCAAUUAUUGAUAUUUUUGGUAAAAUAAUUUGACUUCAAACAUAGCUAUGCAGAUUCUUGUAAAAACAAUAAAUUUGUUCAAAUAUUAA